AUGACAGAACAGAAUGAUCAGGAAUUGAUAAAAAUGGAAGAAAAUGAGGAAAAACCUAAGGAAACACCUGAAGUAGUCAUAGAUUCAAACGAACAUCCCGCUCCACUCAAUCCUGAUUUACAAAAAACUUUGUAUUUAUCUAAUAUCCUACAUCCUGGGGGAUGGAGGAUGCAUCCUGACAUUAUUAACUUUCUGUCGAACUCGGUAUCGUUCCAAAUUGGGUUCAACAGCCAACCCGGAAAGGAGAAAAAAACGGGAUAUAUAAAAUUAACAUUCGCCCGGCCAUAUGAUGCCAGGGAAGCUUAUUUGCAAGCACUGAAGGUUAGAAUUGGAGGAGAUAAAAUCAAAGUGACUGUAGAGAAUGGAUUCUGUGAUCCUGCUGAUCCUUCGCCCUGUCCUUGGUUUGAAAUUCCAGAGGAUGAGGACUUGAAAUCUCGCACUCUUUAUGCACUGGAUUUAUUGAAAUCAACAAAGGCUCAUGAUUUAAAGGAAAUUUUCGAACCAGAAAGUAUAGAGAGUAUUUCCUUCUUCCAACUCAACAAAAUGCAGAAGCAAGCUGAGGUUCGCCUAGUCUCUGCCGAAGCCGCUUCUACCGCAUUACAAACAUUAGCUGAUUGGGAAUUAGAUGAUGGUAACAGUUUCAGUAUGAUGAGGCUACUGAAUCCCCCUGAUUAUAAGAAAUACUCAGAAGAAUGUAGAAUUCCUCAACCAUUCUUACCGCCUCCUGAUGAGCCCGAAGAGAUCAUGGAAGACGGAGAAAUAAAAUCCAAUAAAAGAAAACAUGAGGAGGAAGCUCAAGUACCGGUAGAGGAAGCUCCUCAACUUGCUCCUGAAGUUUAUGAAGAUGAUCUCAUUAUUCAAUUUGAUAAGUAUAUUAACGAGAAUCGUAUUAAUUGGGCUGAAAUAGAUGAAGUGGAUGAACUAUUCACAAUUUGUGACCAUGUUUCGCGUUGCUUCAAUGGAUUGCCUGAUAGUGUUCUGAAACCGGCAAUGCUCUCCACCCUGAAUAGGCAGUUAGCUAUCGUGGCGGGUUCUGGUUACUUGACGCAACAUGUUAAUGAUCUGAUAGAAAAAUGGAAGAGAGAGAUGACCAGAAGUGAACCUAAAGCUAGGGAUGGUCAAGUUGUUAUGGAAGCCCCAACAUACGAACCUCAACCACUCCCUAAAAGAAGAAGAGAUAGGAACACAAGAGCUGGAACUAUCAAGAUGAGUGUUGGAGCUCUGCUGAAAUCGGUCAGAGACAGUAUCAAAACUGAAGAAGGUGAACUAGAUUUUGCUGAAGAUGAGUUUGGAAACUAUACAAUUUCUGGAGAAGAAUUGAGUUUCGAGUCUUAUGCUAGAUUGACAAAGACCACUGAACCUGAAGUCAAAUCCAUGUUCCCAUCUCCUCUUACCAAUGCUAUGAAAAUGGCUCAAAUUCCGAAGAAAAUAAGGAAAGAGUGGUACGAAAAACGGAUGGCAAAGAAGAAGUUACAUCUUAUGCAGAAGGAACAAGAAAAUAUGCGAAAGCUGGAAGAAAAUGCUUCACAGGAUAACUUACCGCCAAAGCCACCCAAAGAGUUAGAUGAAGGAGAGAUUGAUAGUGAGGAAGAAAAACGAGCAUUAAAAUCACAAGGAAAGAAAAAGAAGAAGAGGUCGUCUGACAGCAGCUCAUCAUCAUCUUCAUCAUCAUCUGACAGCGAUGGAAAUGAUAGUGCCGUAGACGCUCGGGGCCGAAGAAGAGAACGAAGGAAAAAGGAACGCAGAACGGGAGCAAAUGCCAUGGACCAUAGGCGAGCAAUGCAACUUUAUCAUAACCGAAUGGCCGUAUGUUCGUUAUUAUCGUCGGAGCAGAAAAUGCUGUUAGUAAAUGUUCUUAAAGAAGAAAGUAUUGCCUCAAGAUGA